UACUUCUCCUUGCUGCUGCCAUGUGAAGAAGGAUGUGUUUGUUUCUCCUUCUGCCAUGAUUGCCCACCUGGCUCCUUUCACCUUUCUUACACAGGUGACAUUCCCAGAACCUGGAGGCCAGGCUACGACACCGAAUCAAUCAAUAACCAGGGAGAUCUGUGAUAUAGCCCAGUAGGUGGGGCCUUGCUGCCAUCUGCCAUAUGACCCUUCCAGUCCCAGGCUUCUGAAGAGACGUGGUAAGUGCAGUGCAGUUUUCAACUGACCUCUGGACGCAGAACUUCAGCCAUGAAGGUAACAGGCAUCUUUCUUCUCAGUGCCUUGGCCCUGUUGAGUCUAUCUGGUAACACUGGAGCUGACUCCCUGGGAAGAGAGGCCAAAUGUUACAAUGAACUUAAUGGAUGCACCAAGAUAUAUGACCCUGUCUGUGGAACUGAUGGAAAUACUUAUCCCAAUGAAUGCGUGCUAUGUUUUGAAAAUCAGAAGCGCCAGACUUCUAUCCUCAUUCAGAAAUCUGGGCCUUGCUGAGAAUCAAGGUUUUGAAAUCCCAUCAGGUCACCGUGAGGCCUGGCUGGCCUGAUUGUUGAAUAAAUGUAUCUGAAUAUCC